UGGAACCCAGGAGGUAGAAUAGUGCGAUUUCUUCCUGUGACAAACCUUAAAAGUUAAAACCCUUAAACCCUCGAAAACGAAGCUGGCUGUCUUCUCCUUCUCAAGUCCCAUAAUCCUCCUUCACUUCAGUUGUGAGUUGUGACUCUUUGACUGUGUACAAUUCCGAAGCAAAUAUAUGGAGUCACAGAGUUCUUUGGUGAAGCACAUCGAAUCCUUCGUUGAUUCUUCAAGCUCUUCUGAUCAACAGUCUACAAGUGUUAAUUCUAUUGCUUCUCUCCUGAAGAAUGACAUCAUUACAAUGGAAUAUCUGGUCAGGGAAAUGGAGCUGUAUUUGACCACCACUGACCAUAUUCUUCGUGCAAGAGGAAUACUUCUCCUUGCGGAAGUGCUUGGGCAUCUUCAAACGAAGCCACUAGAUAGUACUAGUAUCCACACCUUAGUAGGAUUCUUCAGUGAGAGGCUGGCAGAUUGGAGAGCAUUGCGUGGUGCACUUGUUGGCUGUUUGGCCCUUGUGAAAAGAAAAACUAAUGCAGGUGUGAUCACUGGAGUUGAUGCUAAGAUGUUGGCCCAAUCUUUUUUGGAGAAUUUGCAGGUGCAAUCUCUGGGACAACAUGAUAGAAAGCUGUGCUUUGAACUUCUGGAAUGCCUUCUAGAUCGCCACCCAGAAUCGCUUGCUGCACUGGGUGACCACAUCGUUUAUGGUGUAUGUGAAGCCAUUGAAGGAGAAAAAGAUCCUCAGUGUUUGAUGCAUGUUUUCCAUAUUGUUGAGGGUUUAGCGCACAAUUUUCCUGAUCCUUCUGGACCUGUAGCAAGUUUUGCUGAGGAUCUCUUUGAUAUUAUUGGUCGUUAUUUUCCUAUCCAUUAUACACAUCCAAAGAGUGAAGAUGUUGAUGUCAGCAGAGAUGACCUCUCAAGGGCAUUGAUGAUGGCGUUUUCUGCUUCACCCUUUUUUGAGCCAUUUUCCAUUCCUUUGCUUCUGGAGAAACUCUCCUCCAAUCUACCUCUAGCAAAGCUUGAUUCACUAAAGUAUCUAAGCUACUGCACUGUGAAAUAUGGGCCUGAAAGAAUAGCAAAGCAUGCUGAAGCAAUAUGGAGUUCGUUGAAACCUGCAAUCUGUAAUUUGCCAUCAGAAGAUGUUUCAUCCUGGGCCUCCGAAUUAUCUGAUGGAAUGGGCUUUCAAGAGAAUGAAAUUACAAAAGAAGCUCUAGAUCUUCUGCAAAAGGUUGCCUCACAACAAAAAAAUGGCUUCCUGAACUUAGUUCUCAAAGAUAAGGACAUAAAUUGUCUUAUCAAUUUGUUUGUUGUUUCUGGAAGUUCUGGUUCUGUUCUACCACACAACGAGCAGAAACUUCAUUUUGUCGGUCGCCUUUUCUCAGUUUUGGCGAAGGAAUCCACUGCUUUGUGCAAUACAGUGGUUGAUACUCUCUUCAUCCGUUUACUGGACAAUCUUGGGGUUUCGGCGAAUAGUUCUUCAAAGGAUGUGCUAGCUAUAGAUUCUAAUAUACCAUGCCAGCGAUUGAAUUUCAGUGCCCUAUACUUGUGCAUUGAAAUCCUUGGUGCAUGCAGAGAGUUAGCUGUUGCUUCUGUUCAACUCACUUCAAAUUCUGAUUUUGUCAACGAUGCAUGGUGCCAGACGCUAGCUGGAUGUUCUUGUUCGUUGACAAACGUGUUGGUCUCUGAUUUGGUACCAAGUACGAGUGAGAAAUAUCAUGAUGCAGAUAUUUCUUUAAGAGUGAAGGGUCUUCAGAUUCUGGCGACGUUCCCUGGAGAUUCUGUUCCAGUGUCAAAAUCAACAUUUGAGAAUAUAUUGGCUAUAUUGGUAUCGAUUGUCACUAAUAAUUAUAACACGACUUCUCUGUGGAAAGUAUCACUUACUGCACUAGCAGAAACUGGUACUUUUUUAAAUGAAUACCCUUAUUCUAAGAAGUCUUUGAGCUACAUUUCUACUGUUGUUGAGAGGAUGGUCUCGUUGAUCUUGCUGGAUGAUCCUACAAUGCCUUAUUCUCUACUUCUAGAAGCACUUUCUGGUAUCAGUUCUAGUGGUCGUAUGUUUUUGUCAAGAAUUGUUGAAGGAGUACAAGAAGCUAUAUCAGCCAAGUUUGCUAAAGUUUAUGUAGAUGAAGAUGUGAAGGUGAGCGCGGAACUGGUACAGCUUUUGGAUUGCUACUCUAUGAAGUUACUUCCAUGGUUGCACACGUUUAAGAUCUCUGAGGGUGUCCCAUUGUGCUUAGCCAUUGAUAUAUGGGGCCAAAUGGAAGCAACAACCGAAAACCAUUUUCCUGCUGAAGGAAAGCUUCUUGAUGCAACAAAGAUGGCACUAAAGCUAGCUAUUGCUAUGCUGUCGGAGGAAGAUCAGUGGCGAGUCAUUGAGAAAGCGUCUGAAGUGAUUUCAUCAAAUUUAUCUUUCACGCCCAACUUUGUGCCUUCCAAGCUAGAAGGGCUGCAAAUAUCAGAAGAUACAAAUGGUUUCACGGGUAGAGAUGAGUGGCUUACAUCACUGUUUGCAUCUGUAGUCAUUGCACUUCGUCCUAGAACACAAAUUGUUAACAUCAAAACUGUCUUAGAACUAUUGCUGACAGCUUUCCUAAAGGGACAUGUGACAUCGGCUCAAGCGUUAGGCUCAAUUGUCAAUAAGAUGCCUCUGAAGAACAAUGCCAUGCAGGACUCAAGCUACUUUUGCCUGGAUGAUGCUCUGACAUUGAUUUUGGAAAGGAGUUUGGGUAGUUGCAGUGACAGUUUUCUUUCAAGUAACUCUGAGAUGUUUGAUUUUGUUGAGCUUUGUCCAAGUGCAGCUGAUUGUGUGCCACUUCAGGUCCACUAUAUCUCUGGACUUGCAUGGAUAGGGAAAGGGCUCCUAAUGAGGGGCCAUGAAAAGUUAAAAGACAUAACUAUGAUUUUCUUGAGAUGUUUGGUUUCAAGCAGUGAAUCAGAAGCCUUAACUGAGAAUAAAGGUUUGUCAGAGAAAGAGGAGGUGCUGCCAUUAUUGGCAAAGUCUGCAGCAGAUGCAUUUCAUAUUCUUAUGAGUGAUUCUGAGGAUUGUUUGAAUAGAACAUUUCAUGCAACUGCAAGGCCACUUUACAAGCAACGGUUUUUCUCAACUGUGAUGCCAAUUCUGCUGUCGGCAGUAAAAAAGACCCAUUUACAUACAGUGAGAUCUAUGCUUUACCGGGCAAUUGGACAUGUUAUCUCCAAUACACCUCUAGCAGCUGUCGUGAUAGAAACUAAGAAGCUUCUUCCUGUACUCUUGGAUGCAAUCUCUUUACUUAGUGAGGACAUUCUCAAUAAAGAUAUGAUUUAUAAUCUCCUUCUGGUCUUUUCGGGCCUCCUAAUGGAUAAACACGGAAAAGACAUUGCUGUAGAGAAUGCCCAUGUUGUAAUAAACUGCUUGACUGGACUUCUCUCGUACCCCCAUAAGAUGACGAAGAUUCGACAUCUCUUGUUAAAGAAAACAAAACGCCAGAAGCAAAGCACCAAAACUCUCACAAGCAGGGCGAUAAAACCCAAAUAUGGACAGAUAUAACCCAAUAUAUGGGUAGAACAACACUCCAUUAGAGAGACGGAAGGUUUAUUGUAAACCAAACUUAAAAACAAACAAUGAAGAGAAUAAAUGGGGAAUAUCACCACCCAAAGGGUGGUGGUAGCCCCUAGAUCAAGAAUGAAAACUAGGGUUUUUAGAGACAAAAGAGAGGACGGCUAGAGGGUUUGGCUUUUGGGUAAGGUUUCAUACAAGGGAAGUUUUUUCUAUAUUUUUAUGACGUGGACCAUGUUUCACUCUUUCUCCUUCUCCUUGGUUCAUGUGCAAUUUCCAUAUGUUGCAAAUAUUAAGAAACGAAGUUAGUAUUUAUUACUAUCCUUGGAUGUUUAUGGAAGCUCAAGGGCAUGUCUUUAUUAUCUUUUCUUGUUCCUUUGUGGCUUUCAGUCUGUAACACCAACUUUUCUAGUUGUCUGAUUUUUCCAUCAUCUCUUCCGUUCAUCCGAAAGUAUGUGGCACUACUGAGUAACUAACAAUUGAUACUUUAGUAUCUAACA